GACGUUUCCAGUUUCCAGCCAACCCGCCAUCCUUACAUUCAUCCUUUUGCAUGUGUCUGGUUCUAUUGAGGGCGUCUUCGGUGGACAAUAGCGCAAGAGUACCUGAAUCCGUAUAUAAAGUCAUCGCAAACGGCAAUAAAACUGAAGAAGCUAUCCAGUCAACCCAGGACGACACUGAAAGGACAUUCACCUCAUAAUCAGACCUGUACAGCGCGCAUAUAGCUAGCAUGCCUUCACUUUUAGAUCAGAUCGACCACCUCACAUCGACAGCUAAAGCAAUUCGCUCAUCUGCAUCUUCCAUCUCUCCAGGCCAAGGGCCCUUUACCACCGCCGUCCUUUCCACUCCCCUCGGCAACCUCAUCCGUGACAUCGACGCAUCCGAGUUGGGUCUCUUCACUCUCGUUCCACCCCCAGGCCAUCCUAUUUCUGAUGCUAAUACGAAAUCAAACCCCAAAGCUAAUACGAAGGGUAAACUAGCACGCGUCGAGUUUCCUGGAGCUACUCCCCUGAAACGCCCUCCUAGGAGGGUGGCAGAGAAUGUGCCCACGCCUGCGAGGUUGCGGAAGGGCACACAUGAGAGAGAAACAGGCAAGGACAAGGUCGUAGCAGAUUAUGACCCAGAGGUGUACGCACAGGCGGCGUUGAAGUACCUAGAUCGCUAUCAGUCGAUCCGCCCAAUGCCUCGUGCUCGUGCCGAAGUGACUUCUCUCCUCGAACAACUUGCAGAGACGCGAGAGAGGAUCCAAACGCUUACUGAUACCCUCCAAAAGAUAGCAAAUGCCGGACUCCCUCCUGCCCAUCCACCUUUAUCCCAGUCCGCUGCUGAGGAAGAAAAACGCGCACUGGAGCUCCAAGACCGUUUGACAGAGCUUCGCAAACGGAAAGCGGCCCUCAUGCGACCUACGCAAGUUUCUCGCAUCUCACCUGUAUCUCAUUCUCCACCAAAACUGAGUCUUCAAACUCAAAAACUAGGCAACUCGCUCGCUCGUUCACAAUCGCAAGACCACGACCAAGAAUCCACCUUUUGGACGACUCCCGGACCGGGGCCAUCUGCACGCACACUGCGCUUCACGGAGAACCUACUGCAUGAACCUGAGCCUGAGACGCAUCUCGACUUCGGAGACGUAUCGAACGUGUCGUUUUCUAGCCCUGUGCAGGGGGACAUAUUGUCUAGCAUCAUCUUUGUUAAAGACCAAGAUAAAAGCAUUGAAAGGAUGGAGGAUCAGGAGAAUUCGACUUCAAACGACCAGGUUGACCAAGAGUCAAUGAUGCAGGAAUCAGAUGCAGAAGAAAUCAUGGAUGACGAGCAGACAGUUGUUCUCCCAAAGGUGCCUCUAUCGACUACCACACUGGAAGACGUGCCACGAUAUGUAUCCCAGAACAAGCCUAUGGAGGAUUCCACAGCGCCGGGUCCGUCAUCUAAAGACCCACCUCCCGAGUCUGCGAAGAAGAAGGCAAAAAUGCGUAUCAAUAGCGAGACGGAGCGCAUUGUUGCGAAAAUAUGGUCAACAGUGGCCGAGAUCAUUAUGCCUGGCCAUCCAUUUGACAUUGGUCCAAACGCCACCGUGAACAAACCUCCAAGGGCCAAGGAAACACUCGCAUACCUGCAAACUCUCACCACCCUGACGCCAACCUCAAACCUCGAUUCGCCUUCCACUUCUUCACUCUCAUCGCAUAGUUUGUCCUCACAGACGGAUGGCACUCAGACAACUGUACAGCAGAUCCUGAUCGCACAUCUCUUGCUGGCGCUGUUAAGCGCGCCACCAGGAUACUCGAUGUCACUGGGGAGGCUAAAAGAGGUGGUGGCGGAACGAAGUAGUACGGGUAGUGGAGCGGGUGCUGGUGCAACGAGGGCUUUGUACGGGUGUGUUGCGAAGAAGUUGAUCAAGAUUCAAAGGGGAAGUGGGGAGCAGGUUGUCAAGUUCGAUGUUUGAGCUUGACAAGAUUCGUUAUGCUCCGUGCUGCCAUUGUGAAUGAUUAUCUCUGGGCUAAUUUUGGUGAUCUUCUCCAGAUUGGAUGACUGUGCAGUGGCUCUACGCAAGCUUGAAACGAUAAGCAAAAUGAUUAAUGCUGU